GCGAGUCUAAAAGUUAAUUAAAAAUAUUCUAUUACGUUAUUUGUGAUAAGAGAGAUGUUUAAGCUAUGGUGUAUUUACUAUUGACUAUGAUUUGGAUAGCGGUAACAUCUUCUAUAAUUAAUGCUUACGAUUGUGGUGAUAAGGAUGGUAUUGAAAAACACACUGAACAACCUGGACAAAAACUCAGUAAUUUAGAAAGUACAGAAAAACUGAAGAAGGAAAAAAAAAGAAAACGGUGUUGUCCUUAUAACUUUGAUGGAAAAUUAUGUAGAGCAGUAGGCGAUAGAGUCUUAUGCGGAUAUAAUAGAAAUGUAGGUGGCCCAGAAAAUGGAGAUGAAGAUAUAGUAUUACAAAAUGGCUGUCGUAUAAGGAAAGGGAGGCUAGAAUGUGGUUACAACGAACCGCCGUUUUUAAAUUCUCGAAGACCACCAGUUUGGGACUAUGCGAUGCCAGAAGACAAUGACAAAAACCUAAACGAAUUGGAUGUGCCAAGUAAAGAAGAUAAAAUUCAAAAACUAAUUUUACUUAGUACAGAUAUGCCAAAACUAACCACCCGUUGUGUUGAAAUAAAGGAGCGCAUUGUUUGUAGACAAAUAUAACCUUAAAUAUUUAGUCAAAUCAAAUCAAAAAUGUCUGUAUAAUUUAUUAAGCGCCUAUAAUAUUUAGGAGGCAAACUCAAAACAUAAAAUAAUUGCUAUUUAGUUUUCGAAUAAAAUGUUACGAUUUAUUAGACCUAACAAAAUUUUUAUUAUUAUUUUAUAUAUAAAUACUAUUAUAUAUAGUUCAGCUUUGGGAAACGUGAUAUGAUAAUAAUAAUUAAUGUAAACAA